CUUUCACAUCAUCGAGUACAACUAGUCGUUUUGCGAAUCAAUUCAGUCAUCAUGACGAAAGACUCAUCACACACAUAUAUCCACCUGCACCGCAGUCACCAUGCCGAUCUUCUAGAGGACUUCAAUCGCACUCACCUGCCCCAUGAAGAGAUCUAUGUGCCACCCCAACAUCAACCUCUCAAUCCAGACGAUGAAGAUGAUGUCGUUCCGGAGCAGCAUGCGGCUUUUGGAAUCCAAAGAGCCACACAGCGUCAACAAGAACCUGCUUGGCGUGACCUUGGUCUGGACAGAAUCUUGAACGAAGGCCCUCCAAAGACUCAAAAGCAGAAUGAGCAACUAUCCAAAGUCCGUCUUCUUCGAUGA